AUGGGAAGUGAGCAUUACUGCCUGAGGUGGAACAAUCAUCAGAGCAACUUGCUGGGUGUGUUCAGUCAACUGCUGGAGUCGGAGUCGCUGGUGGACGUAACACUGGCGUGCACGGAGGGACCGUCGAUACGCGCACACAAGGUAGUCCUCUCCGCGUGCUCCAGUUAUUUCCAGACCCUGUUCCUCGACCAUCCGAACCGUCACCCCAUCGUUAUCCUAAAGGACGUACGUUUCGCCGAGCUACGUACCCUCGUCGACUUCAUGUACAAAGGCGAGGUAAACGUCGAGUACUGCCAGCUAUCGGCCCUCCUCAAGACAGCGGAGAGCCUCAAGGUUAAGGGUCUAGCGGACAUGACGAACAUCAACGCAGCGGUAGCGUCCAGGGAAGAACAGCAACAACAGCAGCAGCAACAGCAACAGCAGCAGCAGCAACAACAUACAAGCACCUCCGACACGUCGCGAGAGCAUCAUCGAGAACGAGAACGAGAACGAGAACGAGAUCGAGAGAGUAUAAAAGAGACGAGUGGCAAGGAGAGAGAACGAGAAUCGAACGUCACCACUGGAGUGUCGGCCGGUGCCAAGGAAUGCGAGCAGCAGCAGCAACAGCAGCAGCAGCAACAACAACAACAGCAGCAGCAGCAGCAACAGCAGCAAUCCAGCAACAUCGUGCAAAGCACCCCUAGCGAAACCGCGGAGGCGGUGGACAUGACGGAUUGUUCACCGUCGCCCGUGGGGCCCGGUAGCCCGUGCCCGGGACCGCUGGCCCUUGACCGACCUAGGAGGGACUCCGAAGAUGCGGCUAGUCUCGAAGAAACGAGGGCCGGCUCUCUCAGCCCGAUCUCGGUGCACAGCGGACCAUCCGACAUGAGCCUCAGCAACAACACCGGUGGCGCGCCCGGUGGCGUGCUGCCGUUGAAUCUACCGCAGAGCCGGCUUCCGUCCCCGCACAGUACCGAGCCCCUCGCCGGCCCGUCGGGCUUACCCCCAGUUCAACAAGUUCCGCUAUCCUUGAAAAAAGAAAUGGACUGGGAAAGGUCGACCGAGGAGCGCAGCGCGAGUAGCGAAAUAUCCGCAGACUACAGACUCCCGCCAGAUCCGGAGUUGAUGGGUGUGGAUGAGCGGGUGUUUGCGUGCAUGUACUGCGGUGCCUCGUUCCUCCACCAGAGCAAGCUGACGCGGCACAUCCUCUCGCACAGCCUCGAGUCGCUCAAGUACCGCGAGCAGGCGGCCCACCUGCAGCUGCAGGCUCAGCUGGGCCUCGAACCCGGCAUGCACCUGCCGCCGGAGGCCCACUACCCUGCUGCGGGUACGAUUGAGCCGAUGGACUUCGAACUCGCGGCCCACUCGGACCCGACCUCCGGCGUCGUCCUCUGCAAGUUCUGCGGCAAGUCCUUCCCGGACGUCGGCUCGCUGAUUGCCCACCUACCGGCGCAUACCGGCGACCGACCGUUCAAGUGCGAGUUCUGCGGUAAGGCGUUUAAGCUGCGCCAUCAUAUGAAGGACCAUUGUCGUGUGCAUACCGGCGAACGGCCAUUCCGGUGUACGCUGUGUGGCAAGACCUUUUCGAGGUCGACGAUACUCAAGGCCCACGAAAAGACACAUUAUCCUAAAUAUGUGCGCAAGUUCCUGUCCCCGAGUCCCGUGGACCCCUCCGAGGAAGAGGCCCCACCGCCGCCACCGCCGCAUCAUUGAGUUCGCCUUAGCCUCAGCAGCAAAGACCGCCGCCGCCGCCG